AUGUCGUUUCAAUUAUCAUUUGAUCAUAAUAAACAUGACACUAAUCUUUUAAAAUUGGCAAAUAACCUAAAGCUUUUAUUGGGGGUUGAAUAUAACAAUAGAGAUUUUGAAAUAGAGAUGGAUGAAGACUGUCAAAUACCAAGACUUAUGAGUGACACGGUGUGUCUUUACGAACCAAACGCAAUUUUAAGAUACUUGAUAAACGACUAUCAUGGCAUAGAAGAUGAAGAAUAUGAGAGGUUUGUAAAAAAGUUUGAUAAUUUAUGUCAUAAAGAAUUUGGUAAUAAGGAAGAUAUGCAGUCUGAGUUACAGAUGGAAGUUGCAGCAGAUAAGUAUUUGCAAAAUUUAGAAAACAAUGUAACAGCAAAUGAUUUGAUCCUAUUUGCAGAUGUGUACUCAAUAGACCCGGAACUAGUUUCCAAAAAUGUUCCAAAUAUUCCAAGUAGGAUUGAACAUUGUAUUUUAGAAGCUAACAGGAUUACUAGAGGAUGA